AUGCAUACACAUAACAUCAAGUAUUCAUAUUCUCUUCUAGUUUGUUCAUUCAAUUCAAUGAGAACAGACAAGAAAUUACUUUCUUCUGUUUCAUUUACAUAUACUUCUAUACCUUCAUCAGAAUUAGAAAGGGUUGAUUCAUUAACUGUACCUUUAUCCACAACAACAAAUUCAUCUAACAGUAUUAUGCCGCAAUAUAUUGCACAAACUAAUCAAAUUACUGACAAUGGGCUUACAUCUAAAAAUUUCUUCUAUUCAAAUUCAGGUCUUGAUCUCACUGAUACACAUUAUUUUACAUUGACUGGAACAACUGAAGCGAUCGAUUUAUCAUUUGAUCCAAGUGUAGAUAUCAUAACUGUAAAUCCAAUUGAUUUAAGUGCUUCACAACAUUGUACCACGUUAUUUUUUGGGUCAACCAAUGAAUGCACUGAUAAUACCUUUUUCACAACACAUACAAUAUGGGAUCCUGAACCAGGUUUCAGUUUCACCGAUCUCUUACUUACUAAUAAUGAUGAAGAAUGUGAAACAGAAUUCCCUGAAGUUAUAAUUUAUCCUGAAAAUACUAUUUAUCGUUCAAAUGAAAUGCAAACUUCCAUUUUCGCUGCUACUACUACUACUACUACUACUACUACUACUACUACUACUAGCCAAAACAAUACUACUGACAAGACAGUAACUGGUAGCGGACUCAAAAUAUCAGAUACAUUAAUCUCACCGAUGAAUAAUCACUAUACUCCAUCAGAUAAACUAACAACUUCAACUGGAAAAUCAAACCAACCGCUCACGGCAGAUUUGAAAUCAUGUCAUGCGGAAUGUGUCAAUUUAACUCCUUUUGGUGAAUUCCUAGUAUGGACUGCUGAAGCCGUGAUUUGGUUACGUCGUAAUUAUCGAAUUAUUGGUCGUGCUUCAUUACCAUUGGAAUUAUUCAAAACAUGUCAUAAUCUAUCAAACAAACCGAAUCGAUUACCUGUCCGAUUAAGUUUUGAAGAAGUUGUUUUAUUAUUAUCGAAAGGUUUUAUUCAUGGUGUUUUAUGCAGUAGACCAGUACUAUGUGUUGAUGAACCACCUAAGAAAACAAUUGAAGAAUAUCAUAAGGCAUUAUUGAAAAAUGCAGAAGAAAUGGUUAAUAUAUUUAAAACUCAAAAACGAUUGAAAUUAGUUGGUUACUACGGUCAAUUGUUGACUGGUUUAAAGUUGCGUCAACAACGUCAAGCCAAAUGCAAGUUAUCCAAGUCAUCGUCAAUUAGUACAAUAAAUAUUGAUGAUCCGAGCUCAAAGAACAAAACGAAUAAUUUCAAUUCAUCUUCACAUCUAUCAACUAGAAAACGACGGCGUCAACGACGUUUAAUUCAGAAACAAUUGAAAAAACAAAUGCGUCUAACGGCAUGUAAUGCUAAUGACGGGGAUAAUUACGAUGAUGAUGAUGAUGAUAAGUACGAUGUAUAUGACAGUGAUCAAGACAUUUCUGAGCUACCUGAUUCACCUGUCACUUUGGAUGACUUAAUUUCGGAACAUUAUACUACACAUCAAGGAACACCGAAAUCAUCUGUGAUAUCAAGUGAAAACAUUGAAAAAUCUUUACCGUAUAUUCCACAGCAUUUGCCACGUCCUACACCAACUGAAUGGCGACGUCCUGGUGAAUAUUCAUUUGUUAGUCUGCCAAGAAAUAUACAUUCUGAAGGUCUUUAUUCAAUUGUUACUUGGUUAAUUCAAUUAAUUCAACAACAAUGUAAAACAAUCAAUUUUUCUAAUCAAGAUUCCAAUAACAAUAAUAAUAUGAAUAGUACACGGGAUAUGUGUAUUGAACGUUUACAGUCUUGUUUUAUUUAUAUGGAUUUAUGGGAUAAAGGUUAUUAUAUCAGUACGUCUGCUGUAAAAAUGGGUGGUGAUCUACUGGUUUAUCAAGGUGAUCCACUUUUAUACCAUGGUAGUCAUAUUAUUACAAUUUGUAAUCCGAUGGAUUCAUUUCCUAAUUCACAAUUAUUAACCAAACUACGUAUUGCAAAUGGUUUGAAAAAAGUACUUGUUCUAGCUGCAGUUAGUAAUAUGGAAAUGUUUAUUAGAAAAUGUACAAUUGAAAAAAGUACACAUUCUGUAAUUAAGAAUAAUGAUGAUGAUGAUGUUGAUGAUGGUAAUUUUGUUGUUCCACAAACUAAUGUCAGUGAACACUCAAAAUUAUCUAGUCAGUCAAAUGAAAUUACUAUCAAAGAAGGUGUUAACAGUAAUUAUCAUAGUAAUAUUAAUGAAAUACAACCUCAUGUAAUUUAUUUAUCUUUUCAAUAUUCGUCUUCUCAUUCUAGUAAUGCUCCAACAGUGUCAAGAACAUUAUAA